GAAAGUGGACAGGAUAUGGUGGGACGCAGAGGAGAAGAAGCAGCAACGAAGUACUGGGGUGCAGCCAGGGGCGUGUUGGGCACUAGCAGUCUUGGUGGAUUAACGGGCACUACCGAUGGUUACGGUUCCACUGGAUAUAGAAACAAGAGUGAAGAGUUGGAGGAGGAGUGGCCACAAGAAAAUGAAAUAUGGCCAACAUUCUGCCUGGUGGGAGUGGCAAGAGAGUCAGUGGUGAGAAGAGGACUUCUCAACGUCAGCCCCGAGGAAGGAUUCUGGACCCUGCAGCUGUCUUCAGCUGGCAUGUAUACAGGCACUAGCCCCGAGCCCUUCCAGAUUCUGUCCUACUGUCCAAGGCAGAUUGGAGUUGCUCCGGAUUAUGAUGAGGCAACAUGUUUGCAUUCACGAGACCAUUUCCAGGGACUGACUGGAGCCCAGAACAGAACGGGGCUCUGGAGGAGCUCCACCACAGUCAAAAGACGCCCAGGCUGUAGAGGUCGCCGAGGUGGGACAAGAGGCAGAGUGGUGUUCCUGCUGGUGACGGUCUCUUCUGAGGGAAGGACAUCAAUGACCUUCGCUGCUAACUCGGAUGACACAGUGAGGAAGAUCAAAGAACACGUCCGGGCUAAGACCAAGAUUCCUGUGCAGGACCAGGUCCUGUUGCUGGGCUCCAAGAUGCUGAAGCCCCAGAGGAGGCUGUCGUCUUACGGCAUUGACAAGGAGACGACCAUCCACCUCACUCUGAAGGUGGUGAUGCCCAGUGAUGAGGAGCUGCCCGUGACUCUGGUGCAGUCAUGUGAUGGGGGGCAGAGGCACCUCCUCCAGGUGCGAAGGUCCAGCUCAGUGGCCCAGGUGAAACAGAUGAUCGAGACCAAGACCGCGAUCGCGCCUGAGCAACAGAUUGUGACUUGCAACGGCAAGAGGCUGGAAGACGGGAAGACCAUGGCGGAUUACGGCAUCAGACGGGGCGCUUCACUCUGGCUGGCAGACUACUGCAUUGGGGGGUGAGCCUGCUGAUAGCUCUCACUCCCCCCACAUCCUUUGAUGAUUUCCCCAAAUUAACAAGAAAGAGAAAGAUGGAAAGUUAGGGGUGAAGUGGGAA